GUCAAUAUUACAAAGCCGUUGAUCCGGGUUUAGUUAAAGUGAAUGUUAUAACCGAGGAUCUCACAAAGGUUGAUAUUAAGAUACAAAUUACAGAAAUUCCAAGACAAGCCAUUAUGACAAAGGAUAAUGUAUAUAUCCAUAUUGAUUCUAUCAUCUACUGGCAUAUAAUCAAUCCCUAUCAAGCAGUUUUUGGUAUAACUGAUGUUCGCAAAGCUCUUGUAGAACGUACUCAAACCACGCUAAGACACACUCUUGGUGGACGUGUUCUUCAAGAUUGUAUUGAAAAUCGUGGAGCAAUAGCUUAUGAAAUUAAAGAAAUCAUUGAUGAGCCUGCUCAUGCUUGGGGUGUUGAAAGCAUUUUGAUUCGUGACAUUGUAUUCUCUUCUGAAUUACAGGCUUCUCUUUCAUCUGCCGCUCAACAAAAGAGAAUUGGUGAAAGUAAGGUUAUUUUGGCCCAAGCUGAAG